AGUGCAGUGCACUGGCCGCUUCGCGAUGCGUCUAAUUUUCUGUUCUUGUCGACGUCGACGCUAGCGUUCGUCUUCGCCACCGCGCCGCGCGUCUGCACCUGUUGGCUGUUGGCGAACAACCGGCUCUCUGAAGAUGUCCCGAAAACCAUUGCUGGAUUCUGUAGACAGCAGGAAAAAAAGACUCUCCGCCGUUAUAUUUAACCAGUGCUUAUGAAAAGACUGUUCCUCGACGUCAAUUUUUUUAAAUUUUCGAUUCUUGCUCAAGAUAGUUAAAAUUGAUUCUUCCAUUAGAAAAAUAAGUUUCAAAAUGUUCUACCAAUCUACCGAGAACACCUUUCGACAUAUGAGGGUUUGUUGCCAAUUGGCAGGAAUUUUCUUCUGACGAGUGAAGUUGGUGAUGAUCUGCAGACAUCAUGACGAUGUGGCAAAGUGGGAUGGGGGGCCACGGGGGGAAGAACAACGCUUGGAUGAAACUCAUGGGCAUUGUCCACAAAGAGAGGCGUCAUCAUGAUUCAGGGCCUGCUUCUACUGAUAGGACUUUGAGCCAGUCGCUGCCCAAGCUCAGCAGCCAGGAAGAGGACGGGCACACCCCCCACACUCAAUUUACUGGUGUAGCCCAUUUUGAGCCUAUCCCGCAUGAUCACGAUUUUUGUGAGAGGGUUGUGAUAAACGUCAGCGGCCUCCGGUUCGAAACGCAACUGAGGACGCUAAACCAGUUUCCCGAUACUCUACUGGGUGAUCCAGCACGUCGUAUCCGUUAUUUCGACCCCCUUCGCAAUGAAUACUUCUUCGACAGAAAUCGCCCAUCCUUCGACGCCAUCCUUUAUUACUACCAGAGUGGCGGCCGUUUACGUAGGCCCGUUAACGUACCACUCGACGUAUUUUCUGAAGAAAUCAAAUUCUAUGAGCUGGGGGAAUUGGCAAUCAACAAAUUUAGGGAAGAUGAAGGGUUCAUCAAAGAAGAGGAAAAGCCUUUGCCAUCUCACGAGUUUCAGCGUAACGUAUGGCUGCUGUUCGAAUAUCCAGAAUCGUCCCAGGCGGCGAGAGUGGUUGCCAUCAUAUCAGUUUUCGUUAUCCUUUUGUCCAUCGUCAUUUUUUGCCUGGAAACGCUGCCUGAAUUCAAGCACUACAAAGUGUUCAAUACAACUACCAACGGCACCAAGAUAGAAGAGGACGAAGUGCCCGAUAUUACGGACCCGUUCUUCCUCAUCGAAACCAUUUGCAUUAUUUGGUUUACGUUCGAAUUAUCCGUGCGCUUCCUUGCGUGUCCUAAUAAGUUACAUUUUUUUCGAGACGUUAUGAAUUUUAUCGAUAUUAUCGCCAUCAUUCCGUAUUUUAUUACUUUGGCUACUGUCGUGGCGGAAGAAGAAGAUACUCUGAAUUUACCGCGUGCACCUGUCAGCCCGCAAGACAAGAGCACCAAUCAGGCCAUGUCGUUGGCCAUUCUGCGUGUUAUUCGACUUGUGCGAGUCUUCCGAAUCUUCAAACUCAGCCGGCACAGCAAAGGACUCCAAAUUCUCGGACGAACACUUAAGGCCAGCAUGCGCGAAUUAGGCUUGCUCAUAUUCUUUUUGUUUAUAGGUGUCGUGCUGUUCUCUAGUGCUGUCUACUUCGCAGAAGCCGGUUCCGAGAAUUCCUUCUUCAAGUCUAUCCCAGACGCGUUCUGGUGGGCAGUGGUCACCAUGACGACCGUGGGCUACGGCGACAUGACGCCAGUUGGAGUCUGGGGGAAGAUCGUGGGAUCACUUUGUGCGAUUGCUGGUGUUCUAACCAUUGCAUUGCCAGUGCCUGUUAUAGUGUCAAAUUUCAAUUACUUCUAUCAUCGUGAAACGGAUCAAGAGGAAAUGCAGUCACAGAACUUCAAUCAUGUGACGAGCUGCCCAUACUUACCAGGCACUCUGGGACAGCAUAUGAAGAAAAGUUCGUUAAGUGAGUCUUCGAGUGACUUGGUCGAACUAGAAGAGGGACUGAUGGUGACACGUGAUCAACUGUCCCAAAAACAGAACUGCAAUCCGCGUCACAACAACAACAUCAACGCCAUGAGCAUCGAGACUGAUGUUUGACUACGAGUGACGGAUACGCUGCGCCUAGAACCGCCAGGCUUUAUUUACCGUUGCCCAAGCUGCUGUCCCUUACGCGACAUUCGACAUCCAUUCUUGCCUUCUCUUCCAUCGUUAUCUGCUUCAUCAGACGCAGAAUCAAUUAUAACAUCAAAAGCUACAAACCGCAGAAGAAAAAGGAGGAGGAGGAGAAGGAGAAGACGAAGACGAGUAAUAGAAGCAACAACUCGCGUAAUAUUAUCUUCAAUAUUUAGAAUCACUUAUCGCGAGUGUUUGUGCGCAGUGAUCCGUACAUUAUUUGGACUGUUACAUAAAAUUCCUAGAACCUUUACUCGGUACUUUUGUACAAGCAUUACGAUUGUUUUUGGGUGAGAUAUCCUGCCAAAAAUAUUACAUAAUUACAUAAUAAAUACCUAUAGAUAAUAAAUAAUUUUUAAUGAUAACGAUUGAGUAACAUCACUAUUUGGCUAUCGGCGAAAAAAUAUUUGUUUUUUGCAGAUGUGGUUCACAAUCACACCUAUUAUAGCAGACAGACAUAUUUAAUAAAAAUUAAUCCACGGUAAUCCAAUCAAACUAACCACAAAUCUAUUUAUAAACAUCAUAUUCAUGAUAACAAUAUAUUUAUUCAAAUUUCAUUUCUUUAUUUUUAUACGGAGGUUCAUUUGAACUAAGUUGCUUCUAUUUGCAAAAUAAUGAUUCCAAUUAAAUCACUAAACAAAUUUUCUCAUAAGCAGUACCUACUAAAGAGUAUGACAACUUCUAGAACCAUUUGUUGGUAAUAAAAGUAUGUCUAUUUUCACAUUUUUCCAAUUAUUAACGUGUACUUAUUAUUACUUAUAAGUAUCACGUACCGAUAUGAACAUUGUUCAUAUUUAUUAUUUAUAAUAAUGCUACGGUCACGAUUUAAAAAAAUACGUUAAAUACUUCCUAUCUUUCGAAUUUGGUAACGACAAUGUCAAUUCUUACAACAAAGCAAGGACGAUCCCAGUAGCUAGAACAAGUACUAAAACUAGUAAUUGAUGUAAAUUUGAGUUUUUUCAAGUUGUUACACACAUUUUAGUGUUUUGGAAUGAUUGAAUAAAAUAGCAACGGUUGUUGGAAUAGAUUGGAAAACUUUGUUGAGUUCGACAAUUGACAUCCCGUAGAAAAACACGCGAUGUUUCAUUGGUAUUGGCCAAGUAAGAUCAAUAACAUCUUGCACAAAUUUCACGAGGUCCAACGAGAUACUAUGCCUCUGCUAUUUUGAAUUAAAUUCCUAUUUAACUAAAAUCAACUCUCCUGUCUAGAUGUGUCCAGUCCCCUAGAAUCUGAUUCUAUUCUGUUUACUGAAAGACUUACUUGAUCUAGUACUAAAUAAUUAAGAUUACAUAGUUUCAUUAACUAAAUUAUACCUACUGCUUUCAGUACUUUCACCGGUUAAUGAAGCCGUGUAAUCCUUCUCAAAAGUUAGGAGAUUUGAAUUUGUGAGAACAAAUGGAUGCAACUUAGAGGGAUUUUUUCACAUUGUUCAAUAUAUUACUACGCACAUUACUAACUUUACUUAAACUUAUUUUUUCUCGUGGACUUUAAACUGCAUUUCUUUGUUCGUUUCUAAAGCUACUUUCUAUUCUUCUGCAAAUUGUUUCAAAUAACACAGAAACUUUGGCCUGUGAUAUAUUCUGUAUUCUAAUGUUAAAUGGUAUUGUUUAUACCAGUUCCGUACAAUAUGAUGUACUUUAGUUUCAACGUCAUCCUAACAAUUAACUGCGCAAUCUAAAGAUUGCAGUAAAAACUAGAAAAUAAAGAAUUUAGCAAAUCGAAACAAUCAGAUUCACUCAUAAUAUUCUGUCUCAUAUCUAUUCUUCGCCACUUUCUUCGGUCUAUUAAUUAUUAAUUAAUUAAUAAUUAAUCUAAACAUAUUUUCUUUGGGUGCCCUCUUUUUCUUUUCUCUCCUUCUCCUCCCUCCAGCACCAUUUCCACAAAUUUCUGCUGUAAUCACCUUGCUCUUUGUGCUCUAAAUAUUUGGGCUAUUCUAGGCUUCUUAAAUAUCAUCAUCAGUUCUGUGUUCUCUUCUCCAGAUACCUUAUGUCAUUUUGACACCGCCAUAUAUUUUCCUUAGAAUUUUUCUUUCCAUAUUUCUAGUUUACUCUUUUUUUGACAUUAUCCAUGUUUCUCAUAUGCUCUGAAUUUGACUACUCUUGAAAGAUUUAUUGCCCUCAGUAUUUUGGAUAACGAUACUACCACUCUGUUACUAUUCAUUCUCAUCUACCUGAUUUUUUUCUAGAUUUGUAGAUGUUACAGUAACUCCUAGAAAAUCAACUUAUAUCAAGUUAUAUUUGUUUCCACUUGUUAUCCAUUUAAUAUAUUUGCUAGUUGCUCCCAUCUAUGACCUCAGAGCGCAUCUCCAUUUAUUUAGUUUUCUCUUAAUUUAUUUGUAGCUAAAAUUACUGAUAACCUAUUUCAUUUUUCUCUUCGAUCUUGUUAGUUGCACUAUGUCAUCGGCAUAUGCGAUGCUCUGUGCAUUAUGGUGAAAGAUGGAGUCUGUUAUUUUUAUGUUAUUUUGUCUCAUCUCUAUUUCUAAUAUAAUAUUAAAUCGUUUCGUAAAAAAAAUAUAGCCUCUUCUAUUAUUUCUAUUACUUGAAUUGGUCAAUGUCAUUUUAAUGAGAAUUCUCAAGUUUUUGGUAUUCCUACCUUUUCAAAUGCCUUAUCCAGUUUAUUUUAUAAUAUGGAAUAUAUAGAAUCACAAAGUAGCGUCUGUCAUUUUAACUAAAUAUAUUUUAUUAGAAGGAAUGUUGAAUGCAGAAAAUUAUUAUUGAGCAGAUACCAGAAACGACUGAAAAUUCACAGAUUAGUAUCAACAUUUUUCAAUCUGUUACUUUUAAAAAUUUAAUUAUAUUAAGCAUAACCUAAAAUAGAAGCAAAUAGAAAAUAAUGACACGAAAAAAAUCUUAACGUUCUGUUAUCGCUGUGAUAAACUAUCUACCAGCCGUCGAUAAAAAGUUUUUAUCAAUUCUUUAAACAUUUUAUUACAUUUCUUAACUUCAGUUUAUAUAUAAUUAUAUUCUUGUGUACAUCAUUAAUUUCACAGAUGAAGUCAGUAAUAUAUAUUCUAACAUAUUUUAGAAGAUAGGAAAAUUAUGGAAACAAUAUAUUUGCACAAAAUUCAUGGAGUAUUUUAUUCAUUAUUCUCGUAAUUAGCAUGAAAAAAUAAGAAAGAAAAAAUAAUUGGAGAUUCAAAUAUAUAAUUUCUAUUUGAAAUGUUGAUUUUAAAUCUGACUUACCAAGC